AUGGCAAUUAUACAAGAAUCAUCCAAAGAAGUAGAUAAUACUUCAGAAAAACACCCAAACAAUAAAGUUGUUGAUGUUACCAAUGAAAAAGUGCCCCCUGAAUUACCUGAAUUAACAUUAUCAAAUGUAUUAGAUGACAUUAAACAAGGUAUAAUUGCUUUUCUUAUAAAUCCAAAAGUUACCAUUAUUGUUUAUCCAAUAAUUAUAUGUUUAAGUUCAAUAAUUACUAAACUUGUAAUUAAUAAAAUCCCUUAUACAGAAAUUGAUUUUAUUACUUAUAUGCAACAAAUUGAAUUAAUUAAUAAUAAAGGGAUAAUUAAAUAUAGUGAAAUUAAAGGAGAUUCAGGACCAAUUGUAUAUCCUGGAGGUUUUGUUCAAAUUUAUCAAUUUAUUCAAUGGCUUAUUAGCAGUAGCACUACUGAAAAUGGUGGUGGUGGUGAGUUGGUGUUGUCUUUUGAUAUUAGAGAAGCACAAUAUAUUUUCAGUUAUUUAUUUACCAUUAGUAUAAUUUUCAAUUGUUUGAUUUAUAUUAAUUUAAUUAAUAUUCCACCAUGGACAAUAUAUUUAUUCUUAUUGAGUAAACGAUUGAUAUCAAUUUAUGUUUUACGAUUAUUUAAUGAUUGUUGGACAACAUUAUCUAUUUUAGGAGUGAUUUUAAUAUUACAACAAGCAGCAGCAGCAACUACUUCCACUACCGAAAAUUGGUUAAGAUAUUUAUUGGUAUUAUUGGCAGGAGAUUUAUAUAGUAUUGCCAUAUCGAUAAAAAUGAAUGCAUUAUUAUAUUUCCCUGGAUUCAUUAUUAUUAUUUAUUUUUUAUUGGAUGAAAAUUUAAUGAAAUCAAUUAGUGUAUUAAUAGUAAUGAUUUUUAUACAAAUUAUUAUGGGAUGGCAAUUUUUAUUACCAUUAGAAAUUUUCAAUAAAAAUGAUGAAAUUAAAAAAAUGGCAUCAAUUAUUAGAUGGGAUUAUAUUAAUAAUGCUUUUAAUUUUAAAAGAAAAUUCUUAUAUGAAUGGACAAUAAAUUGGAAAUUUUUAUCAAUUGAAAUAUUUUCAUCAAAUGGUUUUGCUAAAUUAUUAUUAUUAUUACAUGGAUUUAUUCUUUUAAUAUUUAUAUUCACAAGAUUUUUAAAUUCUCGUAUUAUUGGUGGUAAAUCAAUUACAAAUUUAAUUUAUCAAAUUUUAUUUUCAUCACCAUUUUCUUCUCACCACCAUCAAAAUUCAAAUUUAAUUAAAAAUCCUCAAUCUGGUCCACAAUUAAUAUUCAUUAUAAUGUCAAUUACCAAUUUAAUUGGUGUUUUAUUUUCAAGAUCUUUACAUUAUCAAUUUUUAAGUUGGUAUGCUUGGUCAUUACCAGGAUUAUUAUAUUUAAAUUUCCCAAUUUAUUUAGCUUUACCAAUUUGGUUUAUUCAUGAAUGGUGUUGGAAUGUUUUCCCAAGUAAUUCAAUUAGUUCAAGUAUAUUAGUUGGUAUUUUAUCAUUAAUUAUUGGUGCAACUUGGUGGAAUUUUGAUUAUUGGUUCCCACCAACAAUUAAUUCAUUAUCUACUACAUCUAAUGAAACCAAUAUCAAUAAAAACAAACAAGAAUAA